ACGAGCUUUACACGCCCCCCGGAGAAGCGUGUUGGUGUUUAGAUCACACUCUUCCUCUUUGUGGCUUAUGGAGGGCUGGAAACGAUGAGACUGUGUAUCCUUCUAUGCACCUCCCUGCUGGCAGUUGCCACCGCUCAAAAUCCUCCUGUGCCGCAGUGUGGAGGGAGCUGGCAACAGCUGAACGACAAAUGCUUCUUAGUGGUUUCCUCGUUUAGCACAUGGGGCACGGCCCAAAAGAGAUGCCAAAAGAAAGGGGGAAAUCUCGCCAUCAUUCCUGACGCAGCAACUACGACUUUCUUGAAAAAUGUUCUCACUGGAGUCGGUGGUCAGUUCUGGAUCGGACUGCACGACGUGAUCGCGGAGAACACGUUCAAAUGGAUAGACGGGACGCCUAUUACGAGUUCCAGUUACACAAAUUGGAAUCCUGGCGAGCCAAACAACUCUGGUAAUGAAGACUGUGUCACGAUGUAUGCCAGUUCGGCGAAAUGGAACGAUGAUAGCUGCUCAAAAACUAAGUAUUACAUCUGCAGUAGAAGUUCCAAUGUAAGUCCAGUAUGCGACGAGGCAGACGGCUGGACGAACUACAACGGCAAAUGCUACCAGUUUUUUAACAGGGGUGUAACGUGGCAGGGCGCCGAAAACACGUGUAAAUACUUCAAAGGUGGUCACAUAACUUCUGUGAAGUCUGCAGCCGACCAAAAGUAUCUGGACAAUUUGCAAGCCGCGCACACAAGUGACUAUUGGAUCGGUUUGCAAGAUAAGGAAAACGGAAAUGAUGGCGAAUAUCAGUGGUCGGACAAGACGACCUUUGAUCCAAAUAUGUUCAGUAAAUGGGAUGCUAACCAGCCAACAAACCAGUGGUAUGGUAAGGAGGGUGACUGUGGAGUUGUCAAUUCCACAGGAGUCUGGACCAUAGAUCAGUGCUCAGGCACACGUCCGUUUGUUUGCUCAAUUGCAGAAGGUACCUGCCCAGUCGGUUGGCAUCUCAGCGGGGGAAUGUGUUACCAAAGCAACGCAGAUCCAAACAACCUCUUGACAUGGACAGAUGCGAAGGCUUUCUGCAGCGCACAAGGAGCUUAUCUGACUCCCAUUAAAUCGGAUGUGGAAAACAAUUUUCUGAAAACCUUUCUGAAGGAUAUGAACAGCAAUGGCAUCCAGUAUAUGUUCUUCGGAUUAUCAGAUCUUGGAUCAGAUGGGACGUACAAAUGGGCUGUCGACGGUACAAACCUGGGCAACGGUUAUCAGCAUUGGGAAAAAGCACAACCUCCAUUUAUGAACGGCCAAAAGGAUUGCGCCUAUAUCCCAACAGGUGACUUCCAGGAUGCCAGAUGGAAAGUCGGGGACUGUUAUCAGCUGGGAGGCUUUGUUUGCAGAAUAAUGCAAGGCACAGCCCUGAAAUAUGUACCGCCUGGCCCAGUUACUAACUAUUGCGAUGAGCCAGACUGGGAUGUUUACAGCGACCAAUGCUACAAAAUCUUCCUGACCAAAAAAACGUGGACUGACGCUGAAAAAGCCUGCCAGAACGAAAACGGGUACUUGGUCAGCGUUCCCGAUGACGGCGUGCAAUCCUUUAUGUCUGGACGCAUUAACGUGGUGAAGUUCCGUGUUUGGCUGGGUUUAAAUGACAGGGCCAGUGAAACAAAUUUUAAGUGGUCAGACAGUGCCAAAACACCGCUCGGUACUUAUAAUAACUGGGCUCCCGGAUAUCCAGACGCUGCAGAUUGUGUGAGCAUGGUGGGAUGGACGACAAACUAUGGUCUUUGGAAGACCAGAACCUGUACCGAGUUAAAUUAUUACGCGUGCCAGAAACAAGCAAAAAGUGGAGCUGGGCCAACUUCCAUCCCAAAACCAACAGCUGGUAUCUACGACCGAUGUGGUAAUGGAUGGGAAUACGACAAAAAGUCAGACAAGUGUUUCGUGUUCCGACCAACUGCCUACGAGAACUGGUUUAAUGCCCGCUACAAGUGUCGUCAGGAAGGGGGUGACCUCAUCAGCUUUCAAGGGAACGACGACUUGAAGUAUGCGGCGGGUCGCUUGAAGUCUUACGGAUCUGGACUUUCUUGGACAGGCUGCAACGACCUUGGUAUUGAAGGUGGCUGGAUUUGGAGUGACAAAAAGCCGUUUUCAAUCAUCAACUGGGCACCAGGUCAGCCAAACAAUCUAGACUACUACUACUCAGGGGGCCAACACUGCUGCCAGAUCUACAACUACUGGGGUGAUUGGAACGACCAUGACUGCUACCUCUCUUAUGGUUACAGCUGUAGCCGAGAUGAAUACAUCUUCAAGUAUUUCAUCACCUACACUGAGAAGAAGUUUGAUGCAAAUGUUGACCUGAUGCUCGUCGACAAAUGGCCCAGAGAAUGCGCCGAGCGGUGUGUUCAGGAGAAGUCGUUCACGUGUCUGUCAUUCGAUUAUGACAGAGCGGGUAGGACCUGUUUCCUACGGAAAUUGGCAAAGACACCGGGUUCGUUGCUACCAACUUUUGAUUCUCAGCACUUCGAUCAUUACGAAAGAGAUCAAAGCGUUCAGCCCCCCCUGCCACCAACCCAACCUCCCUCAACGAUGGGUUGCCCCAAGGACUGGACCAGAUACCAAGACUACUGCUAUUACGUCAGCUUUGUCAAAGAUGACUUUGAUGGAGCCGAACAAGCCUGCCCCAACGGCGCCAUGCUGGCUUCGGUGGUUGACAGGAACGUCAAUCAUUUCCUCCAAGCACUCGUCUAUGAGAAAAACCAAAAGGAGACCAGCUGCUGGAUUGGAUUGAACGACAGAGCCCAGGAGAUGCUGUACCAAUGGUCCAACGGUGAAACAGUCACCUUUACCAACUGGAACGCGCAUGAACCCAACAAUGUCAACGGAGAGGACUGCAUUGAGUUAUAUAUUCAUUCCGGAUACUGGAAUGAUCUACCAUGCAAAGGUUACGACCGAAGCUCCUUGUGUCGGCAAGGUCUAUCAACUGGCAACCCUCCUCCACCAGUCGACGGUAAAUGCCCAAUUGGUUGGGUAUCAUGGAUGAAUCGCUGUUACCUGCUCAGUAAGGACAAAGCUUCGUGGGCUGAUGCAAGUACCAACUGUAAGAAGACUUCUGGUGCCCAGCUAGUCGUCAUUGAGGAGAGACUGGAAGAAGCUUUCCUGAGUGGCCAGCUGGGAAUGGAAGCAAGUGACGAGUUUUUCAUCGCUCUCAGUGACAGUAAAACCGCCGGACUGUACGAGUGGAUGGAUGGCUUUCCGAUCACGUACACCAACUGGGGCGAGGGACAGCCAGAUGAUCGUACGGGUCACUGUGUAACUAUGAGCUCCGGCAAAGACGCAGGCUACUGGGCUGACAGAGACUGUUCUCAGCAGUAUCGCUACAUCUGCGAGAAGGCAAAGGCGGGUGAACCGCCCAUUCAACCACCCCCUGUAAAUCCACCUACUACGCCGUCUAGCCAAGACUGCGCUUCGGGUUGGACAGGCUACGGCCAACGGUGCUUCAAAGCGGUCGAAUUCGACCAAGGCUCUGACGCCGCAGACUGGGACGAGGCUAAUCGGGUGUGCACUAACUUUGGCGGACACUUGGCAAGUUUCCAUCAUCCUGACGAAGAAGCUUUCUUGGUGAAAAACCUCAAGCUUAACUUGAAGAGAAGAUUUUGGAUUGGACUGAACGAUCAGCGAAACGAGGGAGGUUAUAGGUGGAGCGAUGGUACACCAGUGCAAUACACCAACUGGGCGCCAGGCGAGCCAAAUGACUACGGUGGCCAGGAGGAAUGUGUCGAGACAGACUUGAAGGGAGGAAAGUGGAACGACCUCUUCUGUUGGUACAAGCGGAACUACCUUUGCUCCAUCCCCAAAGGUACACCUGUUGUCACAACUCCAGCCCCGACACCACCACCAGGUGGAGAUUGCUAUGGUGAUAAUAAUUGGUUCCACUUGGCACCAUACUGCUACUACUUCACGAGCCAUUGGGACGACUGGCAUAGCGCCAACCAUUAUUGCCAUGAAAUGGAUGCUCACCUCGUGUCCAUCCAUAGCGACGACGAGCGCGACUUCAUCAAUAAGCGGUUGAACGAUGAAAAUGGUUACUGGAAUGGUCUGAAAUCCAACUUGACACAUCCGAUCAAUCAUGAGUGGGAAGACCACAGCCCGUACGACUAUCAAAACUGGUUGGAUAAACCAGACGCAGGAUACGGCGACAAGCUCUGUGUAAAGAUCAUUAGUGAAGAUUCGGCGAAGAAGGGCAAAUGGAUGUCGUACAAUUGUGGGGAGUAUGGUCCUUACAUCUGUAAGAAGCGUUUCGACGGCCUUCCAGCUACCCACGCACCUACCAACCCCCCAAGUGGAAAGUGUCAACCAGGGUGGAAACAGCUCAGCGAUCGGCGCUGCUACAAGAUGAUGGGGAUGGGCAGCCAAAGCGACCCCAAGAAGAACUGGAGAGACGCUAAGAAGGCGUGCGAGGACAGUGGAGCGCUCUUUGCGUCGGUGCACAGCUAUGAAGUCCACAAUGUUCUGACUGCUGAUAUGAUCAACGCUGAUGGUGAUGUGUGGAUUGGAAUGUCCAACAUCGAAAACCAAGGCACCUACGUGUGGGCAGACAGCAGUUCAAAGGAUGUCUUAGUCUGGGCAUACAAUCAGCCUUAUUAUUCCGAAAACAUAACGGAGGGUUGUGCGUGCAUGAAACACGAGGACGUGGAAAGUGGGCGUUGGUUUGCCGAGGAUUGUUCUCUUCUCCAUAGCUACAUUUGCAGGAGGGAACCAGACGACAGCAUCUCAGGAACGCCGCCCCCACCACCCUCAUGCUCGGACAUCAACCCCAACCUGGCCGAUUACACCAAGUAUGGCGAUGCCUGCUUCAAGGUCGACUUAAGCCAGAAGAGGACCUUCGAUGGAGCCAAGGCAUACUGUGACAGUGACGGCGCUACCCUGGCCUCAGUCCGAAAUGGCUUCGAACAGUCGCAGCUGGUGACGAUGGCAAUGGAAGCCGAUGACAACGUUUGGAUAGGGUUGUACGACGACCCGGCUACUAGGCUCUUCACCUGGCUGGACGGCUGGCCCUUCCUCAUCGAAUUCUGGGGAUGGAAUGACCCCAGAGGCAACAACUGCACUGCCCUGACGAAAAAUGACUAUUAUUUCUACAUUAGUGGCUCUUGGGAGAAUGUUGAUUGCAGCGAGAAGUAUUACACGGCCUGCAAGUACACCACCGGUUCCCCGCCGCCUACUCCGGGGCCUGAGCCGGGAUUCUGUGAAGAGGAAUGGGCAGAGUACGGUGGCAGUUGCUACAUCCUGGGCACGGGCAGCUACGAACUAGCCACUUUCAAAGAUGCGGUGUACGACUGCGACAGGUACUACGGAGGAGCGUACGUGGCCACCAUCAGCAACCAGGGCGAGAACCAGUUUGUCCAAAAUUUGGCCCAGAAAGGCGUUCCCGGCAUCAGCUGGAUUUUGAUUGGCCUUGAACGAGGGCCUAAUGGAGGCUGGAAAUGGGUGGAUGAUAGUACAGUGGCCUACCAGAACUGGGCUGGAAACGUUUACGGAGAUGAGACAAGCAGCUGUGUUGAGAUACGUACCUCCGCUAAGGGAAAGUGGGACACUAUUGCUUGUGAUAUCAAAAGCCACUUUGUUUGCGAAAAGCCCAAGACACGAAUCACGUCUACAGAAGCACCAUUUAAACCGAAGGAUUGUGUCAACCAGUUUAUCGUCAGUGGAUGGAAACAACUAGAUACCUUUUGCUACUUACAUGUGUCGGACUCUGUAUCGUGGGAGGAGGCCGAGGCGGACUGUAACACGAAAGGCGGUUACCUUGUGUCGGUGCACACAGAUGCUGAGCAGUAUUUUGUAAAGAAAUUGGGAGAAGACAAUUUUGCUUACGUACAGUGGAUUGGGCUACAUGAAGUUUCUGAACUUGGAUUGGGUACAGAUUAUGGCUGGACUGAUGGAACUGAUGUGGAUUACCCAGGCUGGGACCACGGACAACCCAAUGAUCAACAGGAUACAGCAACGUGUGUCCGGAUGAGAUGGAACGGAAAAUGGGAAAACAGUAAUUGCGGGAAGUCACUGGCUUAUACUUGCAAGAGAAAAUUCGACAGCAAGACGCCUGUUGUGAAACCAACCAAGCCGCCCAAGCAGGGGAACUGUCCGAAAGACUGGCUGAAGGUGGGUAAGGCUUGCUACCAAUUCCGCUCUGGCAGCAAGACGUGGAACGAAUCUCGGAAUGAUUGUCUGAAGGAAGAGGGAGGCGACCUAGCUGCGAUACACAAUCAGCUAACCCAGUCUUUUCUAACAACAGCUCUCAAGGGACAACCUAGCAAUAUGUGGAUCGGACUGCGAAGAACUUUUUACGACUUCAGUUUUCUGUGGGUAGAUCAAAGCAAGAGGAUGUACACUCACUGGGCCAACAACCAACCGGAUGGAUUUUUUGGUGAGGAGGCUUGUGUUGUUAUGGCGAAGGACCCCGAUUUUCCGGGCAGAUGGAAUGACAUCGACUGCUCAGAGAAACACGGCUAUCUUUGCUACAAACCACUUGAUCCCAGUCUGCCCACCAGCAUUCCCCCUGACGUCGGUAAGUGCCCUCUGGAGGAUUACAUGCCAUAUGGCGAGGACUGUUUCAAGAUCAACAUGACGAUGUUGAACUUUGGCAAUGCCACCGUGACCUGUUCCAACGAAGGAGCGGCCUUGGCUACGAUAAUCGAUGGUUACGCUGAGGCGUUUGUGAUGUACAACAUGCUGAACCAGGACGGGCCUCCGCCGGAUUCCAUUUGGAUUGGCUUCAGCGCUGAUGUCGAUACAAGGCAGUUUCGUUGGGCAGAUGGUUGGCCAGUCACAUACACAAACUGGGGCUGGAGCCAGCCCAUGGAGGAAAACGGUCUAUGCACAAUGUUGACACAAAAUACGGAUUGGGAGACAUCUGAUUGUGGUGUCAAAAUGCCCUUCGUCUGCCGGACGACCACCGCCACACCUCUGCGGCCAACGAAUCCGUCCCUUCCCGGCACGUGUCCAGACGGUUGGCUGCCAUUCCAUGAUCACUGCUACCAGUUCAACACUAGCAGCUUAGGCUACGAAUCGUGGUAUCAAGCAAAACAUCAGUGUGAGAAAGACCAUAACGGUCGACUGCUGUCGGUCCACACACAAGCCGAGAACAACUUUGUCCAGAAAACAUUUCGACCGGAAAAUUCUUACGAGUGGUCUGGAAUAUGGUUGGAUCUCUCCCGUGAACCAGUCGGAGGAGGGCAUUACGAGUUUUCUUGGAACGAUGGUCACGCCAUUGAUUACACCAACUGGGCUACUGGGGAACCCGCUGAAAACGAAUGGAACGAUUGUGCCGUGCUAAUGCCUAAAGCGUACGGCAAGUGGGAGACGCUGUCGUGCAGUUAUGGGGCUUUUUUUGUCUGCUACAAGGAGCAAGAUGUGGCAAAACCAUCGCCACAAAAAGGCCUCAGCGGUGGAGCAAUAGCUGGCAUCAUCAUCGGCGUGCUGCUGUUGGUAAUUCUUGUCCUUGGGAUCGGCUACUUCUUUAUGAAGAAUCGCCAGCCCAAGGGACUCAUUGAGGACCCCGGACUGCCGUCCAGCACCAGCUUCGACAACGUUUUGUAUACGCCCUCCUUGGAAGAGGUCAAACCUAACCCAGAGGUGUCAUCCGGUACAAUGAGUGACGCCUGAAGAGGGUGCCAGUGCUGGAUAACUUGAAUUGGCUCAUUUAGAAUUGCAGAAUUCUUUGAAAUAUUAAAGCACUGAAACACAAAGUCUGGUUUGGGAUAGGGAACUUAAAGUCAAUACAUAUGUACAUUGUAUUUCCUCCAAAAUGAAAUCACGCGAUAGCUCCUGAAACCCGCCAUACAGUAUUGUGUACAGCCUCUGUUUUACAAUCAGAACAUAGGCCUACAAGUGAAAUUAAGUAAAACCAAGAAGAGAACUUUUAUCGGGUGUAUUUUACGUGGAGAGAUUUCAGUCCCUUCUCACAUGACGCAAUCUUGCUUGGUUGUGAUCGGGAGUUUAGUAUUUGCGGUGGGUGGGACGUUAUGAGCAAGGUUUGAUUUCUGUGUUCAUCGCCACAGUCUAAAUGUUAACAAAGAAGCAAAUGCAUCUGUUCUUUUAGAAGACGACGUCGUGAAAACAAGUGGUUAAAUCUAACACAAAUAUGUCAUAGGUGUCUGUUUUUAUGGUCGAAAUUGCCUGCAUUUACCGAGGGGAGCAACAGAGUUAAUGAUGAUGUAGUUAGAUGUCUAUCCUAAAGUUUGUUUUCUAAAUAGCUAAAGUCAGUUGUAUAAGAAUUUCUUUUUUCUUUGAGCAAAUGUAUCAGUAUUAAUUGUUUUGUUUCCUUUAUUUUUGGUCCAAUAAUUCGAUUAUUGUCUUUCCAUAAAAUCUUUCCAUUUAAUUUGCAUUAUUUUGCUUACAGCAUUAAGAACUGGUUCACACAAUACUUCAUGUAUAUUUGUGACACUCAUCUCUGAUAUUUUUAGAAAAUAUACUGAACCGAUGAAAAUGAAUAUUAGUUAAGAACCCGGGCAAUGUGCAUGUCUUUAAAAUUGCUCACUGUAAUUUACAUUUUGUGUAAGAACUCCUUUCUUAUGCGAUUUCACGAAUCAUCUUAUUCUGACUUCCUGAUUUGUCACUUAGCAUUUUAAUUUCUAGUUCGAACAUUAUAUCUUACCAAACCGUUUUGAUCAAACAACAGAGAAAAAAUGGAGGCAUGUUAUCCUUCAGACUAUCAAGUUCAAACUAUCCUUAUCGUAAUAGUUUACUCUACUCGGUGCACGUAAACGGUACAAUAUGGUUUGGCUUAAACCUUUUCAUGACACGUAGGCUGAGUAGAAUGUAGAGUUAGUUUUCAUCAUUUCAUACUGCACAGGAUAGCCAUUAAGUUACCUGGUGACGUAUCUUUAAUAAAUUCUUUAUAUUUUAUCAUAAGCAAUCAAUAAAUCCUGCCAGCAAAAAACGGCAAUAUUUUAAGACAUUUACUGUCCAUGUCUUUAAUGCACGAGUAUUGAGAGUACAUUAUCAGCAUAUACAUUCAGAAAAAGGAUUACUGCCUUCGAAAAUUGAAAAUGAAAUUGUAAAACAAAGUUACACGAAAAGCCAAUUAACACCAAGUUGCAUGCCAUUUCUUUUUUGUUACGAACAUUGCGUAUACUGUAGAGUUUAUAUAUGAAACGGGGUAAGCGCCAGUUUGGUACUUUCUAGAAUUCUUAAUUCUCCUGGUUGCCCAAAGUCAGUUUUGCUGGGUUUAGUGCAUACCAACACAGUUCAAUAAAUCAGUACAGCAAAAAAGGAAGUUCAAACACACCCAGUGGACUGUUUUUAUUCCUUGUUAUUGCACAAUCGUUAACCAAAAUUUCUGUUUUUCAAAUAAAUAUAUUACGCUUCUGAAAUAACCAUUGCUUUUUACGAUUACAUGGGUGAUUCGCAGAUUUCAAUCAGGCCAAUUUUUACCGAGCAAAAGAGACACAUUUGAAAAUGUCAAAUGGUACCGUAUGGUGUAAGGUCUACUUAAUCGCAAAUUUGGACAAGAUGAAAACGGUAUAUUUCCAACUUGUUUAAUUAUCUGUAUGAAAUUUCUGGGUUUCUUGUUUCUUUUGUUUUUGUUCUGAAGAGCAAUGUAUUUUAUUUCUCUCUUAUCAGUAUGACAAUUUAUUAUCCUCCAAUUUCCCUGAUUCACCAAUAUCGUUGCCCGAAACUAUACUGACCCAAUAUACGAUUACUUGAGCAAAUACUGUUGGUAAAUCCUUAACUGCUAUUCUUGUCAAAAUCUUUAAAAAAGCUUUAUUAAACGGAAAGGGCAAACAUUGACCGUGUAUUAUUUAUUAACAGCUUAAAAAUUUAUGUAAUUUUAAAACCAAAAGUUUAGAUUGCUCAGAUUAACCAUAGAGAAAGGACACAGAAGGAGUUGCAACUCAGGCACUUGAACAUGUUCAAUGAUGG